UGCAAAGUUAUACAAAAAUUAAAUGCGAACAGUCUCGAAAAGGUCUUCCAAUAGAGUUUAUAUAUGCAAGUCUCAAGAGUAUAUUUUCUUAUAUUUUCGGGAUUUUUUUCUUUUUGAUUUAAUUUAUUUGUUCGUUUCUUUAUAUUUAAUAUUACCAACCACACAUCAAAAAAUAAGAAAGAAUAAUAUUGUAAAAGAAAUGAAUUAAGGGAAGUGUUGAGUAGAAAAUUAAAAGCGAAAAAAAAAAUUUUAUUUUUAUAUAUAAAAGGAAAAAAAAAUAAUAAUAAAUGAAAUGAAGAAAAAAAAUUGUAAUUAGUUUUAUUUUCUGUUAGUUUGUUUGUUUGUGAUGGGGGCCAGCUUUUUUUAAAAGCAUCAAAAUAUAAAUCCUUAAAAAUUUAUAACAAAAAGUGUGAGAAAUUCAAGAAUUUUAUUUUUUUUUCUCUGAUUUCAUUGAAAUUUUAAUUUAAUAUAAAACAAAGUAUUAAAAUAAUAAAUUUAAAUUUAUAAUAUUAAAUUUGUAAAUCAUAAAAAUUAAUUAAAUUUAAAAGAAUAUUAAGAAAAACAUCUUCAAUAAGAGCAUCUUCUUAAGUACUCAUUUGGAAAAAGAAUAUUUUAAUUAAAUAUUUUCUUGUGUAUUCUAUACGUGCAUGUAUACGAAGAUAAAACAGAGAGAGACAGAGAAAAAAGAAGUUAUGCAAUUUUUGCAAUCACUACAGAAAUUUACAAUUAACUAACAAAAAAAAAAAAUUUUAGUGUAUAUAAAAAGUAGAAACAUACACAAUUAAAGAAAAUAUUUGAAAUUUUAUUAUAAUUUUGAUUUUGUUUUUUUUAUGUACACGAAAGCGAAAUAUACGCGAAUACUAUAAAAUAUUGUUACAGAAAAUAGAGAGAAAAAUAAAAAAAUAGGGUACAUACGUAUAUACUAUAUAACAUAAAAGACUACUAGAGUAGUUUCUAUUUGAAUAUUUGAAAGCGCUUGCAACGGUGGAGAGUUUGAGAAACAAGAGGAGUAUGGAAAAUUUUUUUAUAUUUACAAAAUUUCUCGAAUGCCGUCUACCACCAGACACAGAAAUAAUUUUCCAUCAAAAAUCAUCCACCAAUUCUAUGCAUGAAAUUUAAAUUAAUAAAUAAUAAAACUUAAAAAAUAAAAUAAAACAAACAAGGAAAACAAGACAGGAAAAAAAAAAGAAAAUAAAGAAUACCUGGAAAUUUAAUCAUAAAAAAAGGAUAAAAAUUAAAAAACAAAAAUUUAUUAAAAAUAUAUGAUGUUUGGUUCGAAAAUUCGAUCAUGGAUGGAAAAUCACAUAGUCCGACCACGCAAAAAAGGAAAUAAAAAUAAAAAUGGUUCCAGUUGUAACAAUUCAUCAUCGUCAUCAGUACCAACAACAAACUAUAAUACACAAAGUGGUUACUUAGGAACAUCAUACGGUAUAUAUAAUGCCGAUAGUAUUCCUGGACCGAAUACAAUGGCAGUUAUUGGUAAUGGAACAAACUCAGUACCAAGUCCUGCAAGACGUCAUGAAGUAUCACCAAUUCAAUGUCAUAAAACUAGCCGAUUUGGUUGGCAUUCACCAACACAUGGUAAUAAAAAUCAAAUAAUGUCACCAAAAUCCGAACAUUUUUCAAGAAUUCAAAAACAUCAUACAUUAGACAACUCAAAAAAUCUAAUUUUCGAUAGUACAGCUUAUAACAUAAAAUCAGAGCAAGCAGUAGCACAUAGUACAUUUAAAAGUGGAGAUCAAGAUACAUUACACAAUAUGUAUAAUAAUAAUAAUAACUCCAAAUCUAAUAAUAUGCAAUAUAAUUCGAAAACAAUAGAUGAUAGAAAUUAUAAAAUGAAUUCAUCAAAUACAGCUGAAAUAUUGAAGAGUAAAUGUUACACAAAUCAACAGAAUAGUAUGGAUCAACAAUAUAUCCAACAUCAUCAACAUCAACAACAGCGUAAUAUUCGGCAUAUUGAACGUGAGUCGGAUGAACAAAAUAACAAAUUAUCGUCAUUUAAAACAUCAGAAAUAGAAAAUUUGCGAAAUCGUAAUAAAUUUGAAAACAGUUCAAUAUCUCACCCUAUGAAUCGUAUGAAUUCAAAUAAUUCGUUAGAAUGCAAUCAAUCAAUACAAAUUCCCACGGAUCAAAAACAAUUUAAAAGAAUUACCGAAUUUGAACCUAGUGCCAACUCCAACAGUUGCCACCAAAGCAAAAUUAAUUAUCAAAAUAAUAAUAUGGAUAUGAAAACUUAUUCAGCACUUUGCCAUAAUCCUAAAUCAGAUAUGAACAAAAUCAAUGCAUCAACAACAAAAUCAUCAUCAACAUCGACAUCAGCUUUUGCGAAAACCUAUAAAAAAAUAUUUAGUAAUUCUUCAGGGUCUGCUGAUCGAAGCGCACAAUCUCAAAUUGUAAAUGAUCAAAAUUAUGAUAAACUUAAUGCAAAUCUAUCACCACAUUAUUAUCAACACCAAAUGCAGUAUCAAAAUCCUGACAAUUACUACUAUAAUGGCAGUAAUAGUACUAUUAACAACAAUAACAAUAUUGAUACUAAUAAUGCAGUUAAAGGGAAAAUUAAAAAAUCUGAAAGAAAACAAUUAACUGAAUCUGGUUACUACGAAAUGGUAUGUGGGGGAAUAAAUCCAACAGAACAAAAUUCUUUAAAUUCACAUAUUAAAUCGCAUCAAGCAACAAUUCACCCAACGACUAAAUCAAGAAAUCCUUCAUAUGAAAUUAAUCGUGUAACAACAACUAACACAACAAAUUAUUUAGUAAUGGGUUCAACAAAUCUUCAUAAUCGAAAUGGUAGACAGAACAGUAUGAUUGGUCCAACGAACAGCCAACAACCACCCCAGCCAAAUAGUAAUCACCCUUUGGCACAUGUCAUUAAUAGCUUGUCUUCACCUGAAAGUGCCUAUUCAACUGGUUAUUCAACUGAUGGAACAUCACCAGGAACAACUUACACCCCGCCGGAAUAUUACAUUAAUAUGCGAACUGGAACUCAUUAUUUUCCAAAAAAUGCUAAUGCAUUAGGUGUUGAACUUUCUAGACAAAAGUUUGGAUUAAAUAAAAUAGAAGAAAUUUUGUCAACUCAUCAUCAUCGUCGUACUGAAUCAUAUGAUUUAAAUCAAAUUAAAAUUACUCAUAUGGAAUUAAUUGAUGGACAAAAUUUUCAAAAGAAACAUACCGAACAUAUUCAACAUUUUGAGCAACAACAUCAGGGGCGUAACAGUAGUACACCACAAUUUCAAAAUAAUAGUAAUGCAUUAAUUGUAAAUUGCAGAGGUUAUGAAUCUCCUUCACCAAGGCAACGAAGUCGAAUCAGAACUAAUCCUUGGUACUCUACACCUGAAAGUUCAUUUUCCACAAGUACAUCCCAUUCCGUUAAGAAAACCGAUUUAGACACGAGCUCAUCCUCUUCCGGUAUAAAAUCAAAUAGCGAUAUCCGAACUAGUAUGGUAGAUGAUGAGAAAUCAAAAGAAUCAUCUGAAGUUUCCGAAGAAGAAUCUGAAAGUUCCUCGACAGAGGUUGAAGUUGAUCUUUCCAAAAAGAUUCAACUGCGCGAAAAAAAUUUUAAACAGCAAGAUGAAAAUGGAAUGGAGAAUUCUCGGCCACUAUCAACAGAUCAAGUUUUUAACUCUGUUGAUUUUACAAGCAAAAGCCAAAAUGUUAAGAAUCGCCCUUAUAAGAAUGAUAAUUUUUCGAUUCAACAAGAUAGUGACGAAGAUACAACUUUAAAUGAAAUGAUGGGAAAAUUUGACGAAAGCUACAUAUAUGAAAAAGAGACUGAUAUAUUAAGCAAUGACUCUGAUCCAACUCAUUGCAAUUCAGAUAUAGAUACAGGGCAAGAUGCUGGUGAUGAAUAUGACACAGAAGAUCUACUUGAUAUCGACUUCAUUGAUACCGGAUCGAUACAAGAGAUUGUUGAAAAAUCUGAAGUAUGCAAGAACACUGGCAACUGCUCUUAUUAUAUAUUUAAUCCAGAACGUCGAAUGUCUAAAAAUAGAAGAUCUAGGAAAACGAAUGAGGAAAUAGUAACAAAUAUUUCGAACAGUGGAAAACGGAAAAAACGUCUUUUGAAAACUCGAAAGAAGAGCUGCGAAUCUAAAGAGAGACAAGUAUCACCUUUGAAAAAUAAAAGGGAAUCCCGAAGCGUCGGUGGCACACCAGUAUGCUUGCGUCGUCGAAUAUCAUCCAGGGACAAAAAACAUGAGACAAAAAUAUCACCAUUAGUACAUCAGCAGCGAUCGAAUUCUUUAACAUUAACAGAAGUUCAUACAGUUCGAGAAAAAUAUAUUGCUAUAGCUGAAAGUGAGAAAAUGUUAUUGAAAGCUGAUCUUGAGGCUGACAUUAAAUAUAAGCAGUUAAUACAUGAAGCUGAAUCAAUUUUAGUAUCGAUGAAAGCAAAUGCUGUUAGUUUACCUAGAGAAACGCCUGCUGCUAGUCCGUCAAGAAGAAUAUUAAAUCCACCGGCUAAUAAACGGGUUGAAAUGCUACGUCAAUGUGAUGCUGACCUUAAACGUGAAAUACAAAAACAACAUUAUCAGCAACAACAACAACAUUCAGACAAUUCAACAACUACUUCGGAGCAUCUAAUAAACAAGAGGCUAGAAAUGUUGCGACAUGAAUAUAAUUCUUCGAAUUCAGUACCAACAAGCCCAAAAUGUGGACGAUUAAGUCCACGUAAAACUCAUUUAACUAAUUUUAUAAAUCAAGUUGCUUCAUCAGAUAUAGCAUGGCGAACGAAUCCGGUAUCAAGUAAAAAUCGUUCCAAUGAACAUUUAUCAUCAGAUGAUCAACAAACACUUAGUAUUCGUAAUCGUCAAUUUAAUCGAGAAUCAUCAUUAUCACCACCGCCCCCAGUAACACAACCACCACCACCUCCAAUACCUAGACGAAAUUUUGGUGAUAAGUCUUUUGCGCGCACAUUCUCCAAUUAUUCAAAUUCUAAUUCUGAUGAAGAAUUGAAUGAAAAAUCAUUAGAUUCAGUUUCAUACUCAUCUCGAAAAUCUACAGUCGAAUUAGAAAUGGACCAAGAUAAUAAGAAUGUCGAACAUGGAAUUAAUAAUCACAUAAAAAAUAAAUCUGAAAUAAAUUCAGAUGAUAAUUAUAUUUUUGAAUAUUCAGACUAUAUGGCGAAAAGUCCAUCAUUCCAAAAUAAACAGCCUUUAAUAUCAUUUAAAUCAGUUGACAUGGGUAAUAAAAUAAUUGAAAUGGGUGGUUAUUGCCCACAAAGUGAACCACUAAAAAGAAAAAUUUAUAAGGGAAGUUCAUCUUUUGAAAGAAUCAAAAAGAGUUUGGAUAUUGAUACAGAAAUUCCGAAACCACAAAGCAUGCUCAGUAAAAUCCAUUCUAUUCAACAUGAUCAACAAGUUUGUUCAAAUAGAGAUUCUAAACAAGAUGUUAAUUGCAAUCUGCAAAGUUCUAACAAUAUUAACGACAAGAGUAACAACAAUAAUAAUAUUAACAGUGAUAAUAAUAAUCUUCAGGAUCAAUCAGCAUAUCAAUCCAAUGACGAAGAUUCUGUAAGUGUUGUAUCAAAUUUAAGUGUUAAACAACAAUUAAUACUAAGUACAAUUGAAGAUUUAAAAAAAAGUCUUGAAGAUCAGAGUGUUGAAUUAACUGCACAAUUCGAAAAUACAAAAUUAAAUUAAAAAAAAUAAAAUAAAAAUAAAAUUCAUUGACCAUAAUUACUUAAUUUUUUUUUGCAUUAAAUUUAUAAAAAUCUUCGAUAUAAAAAUUAUAAAAAAAAUUGAGUUGUGAAAAAUUAAUAGAGAAAUUAAAUUGAAAUGAAAAUAAUAACUAGUAUGUGAUUUCAUUAUACAUAUAAGAAAAAAGCAAAAAAUAUUAUAUUUUAGUUUAAGUUAACAAAGAUAAAAAUAAACAAAUUAAUGCUAUCUAUAAGAAUUAGAAAACAAAAACGUAGUUAAAAGCUCAAUAAAACGGGAAAAAUUGAAUAAUUUCUAUAAAAAAUACACAGAAUUUGCAACAACUGCCAAAAAGUUAAAAUUAUAUAAAAAAUUAUUAGUUAAUUUGCUUUCUUCAUAGUUUAAUUAAAAAUUAAGUAUU